AAAGGGCAAAACCCUGCGCCGCCCGCGUCUCUCUUCUCUGUUUCUUCUUUUUCUUUUCUUUUUCUUAUCUCCACUCUUCGAACAAGGAAGAACCCUAAUCUCAAGAUGAAUAGGGAAAAGUUGAUGAAGAUGGCUAACACUGUCCGCACUGGCGGAAAGGGUACCGUCAGAAGAAAGAAGAAGGCUGUGCACAAGACCAAUACAACUGAUGACAAGAGGCUCCAAAGCACUCUUAAGAGGAUUGGAGUUAACUCUAUUCCCGCAAUUGAAGAAGUUAACAUCUUUAAGGAUGAUGUUGUUAUCCAAUUCAUCAACCCUAAGGUUCAAGCUUCAAUUGCUGCAAACACAUGGGUUGUUAGCGGUUCUCCUCAGACCAAAAAAUUGCAAGAUAUCCUUCCUCAGAUUAUCAGCCAACUUGGACCAGACAACAUGGACAACCUGAAGAAGCUAGCAGAGCAGUUCCAGAAACAGUCUCCUGGUGAAGGUAAGGCCUCAGCAACCAUACAAGAGGAAGAUGAUGACGAUGUCCCAGAGCUAGUUGGAGAGACAUUCGAAGCUGCUGCUGAAGAGAAAUUACCAGCUGCUGCUGCUUCUUCUUAGAGAGAAAAGAGCGAGACCACAUCACAAAAAAAAAAGAAAACCGCACUUUGAUUUUUACAUAUCUUUAUAAUAUGUUUGUUCGCUCGAUCCUUUUUGUAGUUUCCGACCAGAUCCUUGUUUUCCAUCUAAUGACUUAAGGUUUUAUCCAAUUAUUUGAUGUCUUA